AUGCCACACUUCCAUCCACUCCGACCCCUCCUCACAAAAGCCCCCCACCACCUCCGCCGCCAAUUCUCAAGCACCCCCCCAAACCACUUGAUCCCCGCAGUCCUCUCCACAACCCACGAUCUCCUAACGGCCCUCCAUACGAGCACCCACCUUCCCUACCACACCCUAAUCCCCCUCUCAGCAAUUCUCCUCCGCCUAGCCAUAACAACCCCGCUGACAGUAUACUCCCGCCGCCGCGCCCUCCGUACUCAACGUCUCCAACCGAUCCUAAGCGCGUACCAGCACCCCAUCGCCAGGGAUGCCAAGAGCACUACUACCACGCCGCAGGCAUGGGAAUUGAAGACUCGCAAAGAAAUACGCGAGAAGAGGAGGGAACUCUGGAAGAGAUGGGAAUGCCAGGCUUGGAAGAUGCUGUUGGCGCCUGUCGCUCAAAUACCGGUCUGGGUCACGGCUAGCAUGACUUUGAGGGGGAUGACGGGAGUUGAAGGGUUACCCACCUGGUUGAGGGGGUUAGGAGAUAUUGGUGGAGAAGCAUGGGUAGAGGAGGCAUUGGCGACAGAGGGUGCGCUGUGGUUUGGGAACUUGCUGGCCGCAGAUCCAUACUUGGCUUUGCCAAUGGGGUUUUCGUUCUUGCUGUUUGCGAAUAUCGAGGUGUGUCUUUUUAAUCCUCCAUCCCUCGUGCGCGAAUGGCGAAAGGGAGGUUAAUUGCGUGUAGAUGCAAACAAAAUUGCACCCCCCGGGUACGCGGAGGCAAUGGGUUUUUACAAAUGUUCUUAGGAUAUUGUCUCUCGCGGCAUUCCCACUUACUGCAAAUGCUCCGGCCGCGUUGUCUCUCUAUUGGAGCACGUCUGCCAUGUUCUCACUUGUCCAGAAUCUCAUUCUAGCAAAGACCAUGCCGAGAGGGGAGGAGUUGGAACCGUGUAAAUCCCAGGACCCAUACGGCAUUGGCGACAAGGUUAGAAAAUAG